CACGCUAAUGUACGAGAUCCGUAGACCCGACUUAACUGCGCGGUCACAUUCCGCCCCGACUUCCCCUCUGCCAGCGGCCUGGUGGUUUGAGAUGAGUAGAAGAUGUCGGUUUCGGGGCUGAAGGCCGAAUUGAAGUUUUUGGAGUCUAUUUUUGACCCAAACCACGAACGAUUUAGAAUAAUAGACUGGAAACCCGAUGAACUUAGUUGCCAAUUUAACGUAACAGGAGAGAAGCUGCUGAUCAUUCACUGCAACAUCACGGAAGCCUAUCCCUCAACACCCCCAAUAUGGUUUGUUGACUCUGAUGACCCUUGUCUGGCUGAAGUGUUGGAGCGCCUAGAAGAUGUGAGAAAAGGCACCACAUUGCUUCUUCAGCAGUUGAAGCGCCUCAUUUGUGAUCUCUGUCGGCUUUACAACCUGCCACAACAUCCAGAUGUAGAAAUGCUUGACCAGCCUCUUCCCGCUGGCCCGAUUACCCAGGAGCGAAAGAAUGGGCCAUCAGAUGAGGUGACAUCUGAAGAGGAAGAAGAGGAAGAAAUGGCAGAGCAGGACAUUGAUCUGGACCAAGACCUGGACCAUUAUGACAUGAAAGAAGAAGAGCCAGUUGAUGGGAAAAAGUCAGAAGAUGACGGGAUAGAAAAAGAGAAUCUGGCCAUCUUGGAGAAGAUUCGUAAAAACCAGAGACAGGAUCACUUGAAUGGUGCAGUGUCCGGCUCCGUGCAAGCCUCAGACCGCCUAAUGAAGGAACUCAGGGAGAUCUACAGAUCACAGAGUUACAAGACAGGUAUUUAUUCAGUCGAACUAGUCGGGGACAGCCUUUAUGAAUGGCACGUCAAGUUAAGGACGGUAGACCCAGAUAGUCCAUUACAUAGUGACUUGCAGGUCUUGAAAGAAAAGGAAGGAGUGGACUACAUUCUGCUCAAUUUCUCUUAUAAAGAUAACUUUCCUUUUGACCCACCUUUUGUACGGGUUGUCUCACCUGUGCUCUCCGGAGGUUAUGUUUUAGGAGGAGGGGCUUUGUGCAUGGAGCUUCUCACAAAACAGGGCUGGAGCAGUGCCUAUUCCAUAGAAUCUGUCAUUAUGCAGAUAAAUGCAACUCUGGUUAAAGGAAAAGCCAGGGUGCAGUUUGGAGCCAAUAAGAACCAGUACAAUCUUGCCAGAGCACAACAGUCGUACAAAUCCCUUGUGCAAAUUCAUGAAAAGAAUGGCUGGUACACACCACCUAAAGAGGAUGGAUAAGGAGCUACUACCACUAUGCACUGGGAACAUGUCUUUGGGUCAAAGUA